CGGCGGCCGCGGCUCCGGGCCCCAGGGCGGCAGCGGGAGGGGAAGGGGGCGGCGCGGCGGCCUCCGCGCUCUCCAUGGAGCGGAUCCAGUCCCUCACAGACCUGGCGGAGCUGGAGGCCGCCUACAGCCGGCUGUGCGAGGAGGAGCAAGUGGUGCAGGAAGAGCUGGAUGCCCUCCUGGAGCAGCAGAGCACUAUAGAGAACAAGAUGGUUGUGCUGCAUCGCAUGGGCCCUAAUCUGCAGCUGAUUGAGGGGGAUGCCCAGCAGCUGGCAGGGAUGAUCACCUUCACCUGUAACCUGGCUGAGAAUGUCAGCAGCAAAGUCAGACAGCUGGACCUGGCCAAGAACAGACUCUACCAGGCCAUCCAGAGAGCUGAUGACAUCCUCGACCUCAAGUUCUGCAUGGAUGGAGUUCAGACAGCCCUGCACAGUGAGGAUUAUGAGCAGGCAGCAGCUCACAUCCAUCGUUACCUCUCCCUGGACAAGUCAGUGAUUGAGCUCAGCAGGCAGGGCAAGGAAGGGGGCAUCAUUGAUGCCAACCUGAAGCUCCUGCAAGAAGCAGAGCAGUGCCUGAAGACACUUGUCACUGAGAAGUUCGACACAGCAACCAAGCAGGGGGACCUGCCCCAGGUGGAACGUUUCUUCAAGAUCUUUCCUCUGCUGGGCUUACACGAGGAGGGGCUGAGCAGGUUCUCAGAGUACCUCUGCAAGCAGGUGGCCAACAAAGCAGAGGAGAACCUGCAGCUGGCCAUGGGGACAGACAUGAGUGACCGUAGAGCUGCUGUCAUCUUUGCAGACACCCUGACCCUCCUCUUUGAAGGGAUUGCUCGUGUUGUGGAGACCCACCAGCCCAUUGUGGAGACCUUCUAUGGGCCUGGGAGGCUUUACACCCUCAUCAAGCACCUGCAAGUGGAGUGUGACAGGCAGGUGGAGAAAGUGGUGGACAGGUUCAUCAAGGAGAGGGAUUAUCACAGGCAGUUCCAGCAAGUUCAGAAUAGCAUGAUGAGAAGUUCUUCUGCAGAGAAGAUUGAACCAAGGGAACUUGACCCAAUUUUGACAGAGGUCACCCUGAUGAACGCCCGCAGUGAGCUCUACUUGAGGUUCAUCAGGAGAAGAGUGACUGCUGAUUUUGAGGUGGGAGACUCCAUGGCCUCAGAAGAGGUAAAGCAAGAGCAUCAAAAAUACCUGGACAAGCUCCUCAACAACUGUCUGCUGAGCUGCACCAUGCAAGAGCUCAUUGGCUACUACAUCACCAUGGAGGAAUACUUCAUGAGGGAGACUGUCAACAAGGCUGUUGCCAUGGACAGCUAUGAGAAGGGCCAGCUCACCUCCAGCAUGGUGGAUGAUGUCUUUUAUAUUGUGAAGAAGUGCAUUGGGCGUGCUCUGUCCAGCUCCAGCAUAGACUGUCUGUGUGCCAUGAUCAACCACUCCACCACGGAGCUGGAGUCUGACUUCAGGGAGGUUCUCUACAACAAGCUGAAGCAGGGCUUUCCAGCCACCACCUUCCAGGACUUCCAGAGAGGGGUGACCAGCGCCGUGAACAUCAUGCACAGCAGCCUCCAGCAGGGCAAGUUUGACACCAAAGGCAUUGAAAGCACUGAUGAGGCCAAGCAGUCCUUUCUGGUGACCUUAAACAAUGUGGAAGUCUGCAGUGAAAACAUCAUGACCCUAAAGAAGACUUUGGAGAGUGACUGCAGCAAACUGCUCAGCCAAGGCUUUGGGGGGGAGCAAGCUCAGGCCAAGAUUGACAGCUGCCUCUCUGACAUGGCUGCUGUCUCCAACAAGUUCCGUGACCUCCUGCAGGAAGGUCUCAACGAGCUGAACAGCACAGCCAUCAAACCCCAGGUGAAGCCCUGGAUCAACCUCUUCCUCUCUGUCUCCCACAACAUCGAGGAGGAGGAGUUCAGUGACUAUGAAGCAAAUGACCCCUGGGUCCAGCAGUUCAUUGUCAAUCUGGAGCAGCAGAUGGCAGAGUUUAAGGCUGGGCUGUCUCCUGUGAUUUAUGACACCCUCACUGGGCUCAUGACCAGUCUGAUAGCCAUCGAACUGGAGAAAGUGCUGCUCAAAUCCAGCUUCAGCAGGCUUGGUGGCCUGCAGUUUGACAAGGAGCUGAGGUCUCUCAUAGCUUAUCUCACCACAGUAACCACCUGGACCAUCCGUGACAAGUUUGCCCGACUUUCCCAGAUGGCCACCAUCCUCAAUCUGGAAAGGGUGACUGAGAUCCUGGAUUACUGGGGUCCCAACUCUGGCCCCCUCACCUGGCGCCUGACUCCUGCUGAGGUCCGGCAGGUCCUGGCUCUCCGGAUCGAUUUCCGCAGCGAGGACAUCAAGCGGCUCCGCCUGUAGCUGGAGGUGACAGCAGGAGGGCUGCAACACCCAGAGCCUGCCCUGAUCCUGGCUGUUCUGUGGGCUGGGGUGAUAGCUACCCUUCAGCUCCUGCUCCAAGGGGCUUUCCUGGGCGUGGAAAGAAGGAUCCCUGCCCUUGAGUGGGAGCAGAAAUGAGGCAGCGGAGGAGCUGGCAGGCUGUGAGCAGUGUGACACCGUGUCUGAAAGCACAAGGGACAAAGCUGGUGCUUUUUUUGUCCAAAGCUGGACAAAGCAAUCCUGCUGGGAGGCACAGGUGAUCCAGGAAACCCAGGGCCUGUGUGCUGGAGUUAAAGGGUGGGUCUACAUGAAGCCACAGCCAUGAACCUUCUGUGCCACCAGUCUAAGGCUCCAGCUGCUGGGAUCCUGCACAUCCUGAGCCCUGGGAUGUGGGGCUGCUGCCUGGCUGCACCCUGUACACUGUAUAUACUCUGUAAAUAAACCUGACCUGCCUGAG